GAGCUCGACGCCUCCGCUCCGCCGGCCUGCCCAGUUUGCGCCGCCCGCUUCUCCCGGCUCGCCGCCUCGACCGCCGACGGCUACCGCUCCGGACGAGGGCGGGCAAGAUGAUCGGCGUCGGGAAGGCGAAGCAGUACGCCAACGUGCUCGACAAGCCCCUCAGCCGCGGCAGGCAGGAGGUCAGUUUGAGCGCAUUUGCCUUCCUGUUCUCAGAGUUGGUUCAAUACAACCAGACACAAGUUGAUAAUAUUGCUGAGCUGGAAAGAAGGCUGGAGGAUGCCGGUUAUGCUGUCGGUGCAAGAGUUCUUGAACUUCUGUGUCACAGAGAGAAGGGGAAUAGACGAGAGACUCGACUCCUGGGUAUAUUAUCGUUCAUACACAGCACUGUAUGGAAAGUAUUGUUCGGGAAGGUGGCUGACUCACUUGAGAAAGGAACAGAACAUGAGGAUGAAUACAUGAUUAGUGAAAAGGAGCUUCUUGUUAACCGGUUCAUUUCCGUGCCAAAGGACAUGGGAGCAUUCAAUUGUGGAGCUUUUGUUGCAGGAAUUGUAAGGGGUGUACUGGAAAAUGCUGGCUUUCCUGCGGUAGUUACUGCCCACUUUGUGCCAAUUGAAGGCCAACAAAGGCCCAGGACAACUAUCUUGAUAAAAUUUGCUGAAGAGGUUUUACAGCGAGAAGCAAGAUUUGGCUGAAUUUUAUCGUAUGUACACUCUUCUCUCUGGUGAAUUGGUGAAGAUACUGUUGAAAUGUUCUUUGUGGCUGGCUCCACAUGAUUUGUGUACCAGUAGUUGAGAAUAGAAGCGAAGGUGAAAUCGUUUUGUUUUGGAGCUGUCAAACAUUUGCUUGGCUUUACCUCGUAUAUAAUGCAUAUUUAAAAUUCUUAAGAUUUCCUUUUAUGUUUUAUCUUUCAAA